AUGUUAAAAGACAAGGGUCAAGUCACUUUUGAAGACAAAUGGCCCGCUAUGCGUCCGAUCGUCCUGAAGCUGCUCAAACAAGAAGCAGUAACACAGAUAGAAUGGCAAGAUUUGUUUGGGGCAGUACAUUCCGUGUGCCUUUGGGAUGAGAGAGGUUCAUAUAAAUUGAGAGACGCGCUGCAGCAAGACAUUAUGAUGUAUAUUAAGCAAGCCCAAGCUCGUGUUCUUGCCCAACGCGAAGAUCAAGCACUCCUUAAGGCAUAUAUAGCUGAAUGGGGCAAAUUUUUCACCCAGUGUAAUUAUUUACCAACACCAUUUCGUCAAUUAGAGAAUGCCAUAACUAAUGUGAGCAGUAAGGUAACCAGCUCAAAUGCUUCUAAUUCUCAAAAGAAGAAUAAUAACAAUAAUGUGGAGGAUAGUUUGGUUAGAAAACUGAUGCUAGAUUCUUGGAAUCAAAGCAUAUUUAUGGAUAUCAAGCAAAGACUACAAGACUCAGCGAUGAAACUAGUCCAGGCAGAACGAAAUGGUGAAUCAUUUGAUUCUCAACUUGUUAUUGGAGUUCGAGAAUCAUACGUGAACCUAUGUUCAAAUUCAACUGAUAAGCUUCAAAUAUAUAGAGAAAACUUUGAAGCUGCAUAUAUGCAGGCAACAGAAGAGUUUUAUAAGCUAAAGGCUAAUGAAUAUCUCCUAACAAAUGGUGUUCAAGCUUAUAUGAAGUAUGCAGAUUUACGGCUCAAAGAAGAAGAAGCCAGAGCCCAUAGAUAUUUAGAACCAGGAAGUGGGAGUGUUGCUGCAUUAACACAGUGUUGUGAAAGAGUUCUUAUAGGUGAACAUAUGCCCACACUACUUGCAGAAAGUGCUCCACUAAUUAAAGCUGGAGAAACUGAAAAACUGCAAUUAAUGUUCCGACUGCUAGACAGGAUACCUGAAGGUGUCACUCCUAUUUUAAGAGAUUUGGAAGCUCACAUUGUAUCUGCUGGCUUAGCAGAUAUGGUUGCAUCUGCAGAUAUUAUAACAACCGAUUCUGAAAAGUACGUUGAAAGGUUGCUGGAUCUCUUUAAGCGGUUUAGUUCAUUAGUCAGAGAUGCAUUUCUUGAUGAUCCCAGAUUUUUGACAGCUAGAGACAAGUCAUACAAAUGUGUUGUAAAUGAUACUACAGUCUUUAAAUUAGAAUUACCAGCAUCUGCUCUUUUACGUGGAACUAAAGGCACAGCUCCAGAAAGUAAAUGCCCUGAAUUGCUUGCAAAUUACUGUGAUAUGUUAUUAAGAAAAACUCCUCUAAGUAAACGCUUAACUAGUGAACAAAUUGAGUCAAGACUGAAAGACGUUCUCUUAGUGUUGAAGUACAUUGAGAAUAAAGAUGUUUUUAUGAGGUAUCAUAAGGCUCAUUUGACUCGAAGGUUGAUAUUAGACUCUAGUGCAGAUUCUGAGAAAGAAGAAGAUAUGGUUGAGUGGCUACGUGAGGUGGGGAUGCCUGCUGAUUAUGUCAAUAAGCUAGCUCGAAUGUUCCAAGAUAUUAAAGUGAGUGAAGAUCUCAAUACUCAGUUCCGUGGCGAAACAACUCGUCAUGAUGCGAUCAAUAUCAAAAUACUUAAUGCUGGAGCUUGGGCCAGAGGCUCCGAGAGAGUAACAGUGAGUCUCCCUCUUGAGUUAGAGGACUACAUUCCUGAGGUUGAAGAGUUUUACAAAAAGAAGCAUUCUGGAAGAAAAUUGCAAUGGUACCAUCAUAUGAGUAAUGGAACAAUAACAUUUGCAAAUUCUGUGGGAAGAUUUGAUCUGGAUGUUACAACAUUCCAAAUGGCAGUGCUGUUUGCAUGGAAUCAAAGGCCAACAGACAAAGUAACUUAUGAAAACUUAAGACUAGCUACUGAAUUACCUGAUCCCGAAUUACGAAGAACACUUUGGUCUUUGGCUGCAUUUCCCAAGUUAAAAAGACAAUUAUUAUCCUACGAUCCUUCUGUGCAGAAUCCUAAAGAUUUUAAAGAGAACACAGUGUUCUGGAUCAACCAAGAAUUUGCUCUGGUUAAAAAUGGCAAGCCUCAAAGAAGAGGCAAAAUUAAUCUUAUUGGACGACUUCAGUUGAGCACAGAAAGGUCUCAAAUUGAAGAUAACCACUCCAUUGUUCAGCUCAGGAUAUUAAGGACUCAAGAAGCUAUAAUAAAAAUAUUAAAAAUGCGAAAGCGCAUUACAAAUACAGCUUUGCAGAGUGAAUUAGUGGAAAUUCUAAAGAAUAUGUUCUUACCUUCAAAGAAAAUGAUUAAAGAACAGCUGGAAUGGUUGAUUGAGCAUAAAUACAUGCGUCGGGAUGAUGAUGAUAUCAACACAUUCAUAUAUAUGGCCUAG